AUGCUCUUCCCUGAUUUCUCCGACUGGGACACUGUAUAUCCCUCCCUCGCUUUGGACGUUUUUAGGUCUGCGCCGUGUUUGCGCUACGUGAAAGUCUCUGCAGUUCCUUCUCUCAUCCUUCCAUGGAAUCAACUCAGGCAAUUUAUAGCAGAGGUAUCCCCGUCAUGGGAGCACCAUCAGGCACUUCUGCAGAAUGGGUCAAACUUAGAGACGCUAUGUAUGUGCACUGCAAGCCGAGAGGAUGACACAGACACGUCCUUUUCAUAUCCGGCAGUAACACUCCCACGUCUACGUGUUGUGGAAAGCGGGUGUGUACCGAGCAAUUUUCUUGACUCUGCCACUCUUCCCGAGCUCAAGUCCAUCACCGGAAUAUACAAUAGUGCCAUACCGAGCUUGUCCUCAAUGAUCAGGCGAUCCAAUUGUACCUUAACACACCUUUCCCUGUCUUCCGCGAAAGACACCGCCGACCUCAUGCACCUUCUUCGCUUGUGUUUAUCUCUCAAGUUGCUACGCAUUAAAGAACUUGUCAUUGCGCAACUCUUCUUCAACACAAUGGCUCAAACAUCAUCCAUUCUACCUUCGCUCGAAGUCUUAAAUCUAUAUCAGGCAACUUGUUCCUUCGAAGGCGUGAGCGAAAUGGUCGAGAUGAUGGCAGCGCGCCGGAGUCAUCUCAAGAAUGUCUCUAUCGCUUUACAUUUGGACGGGACCCGGCAAGAGGGUGAAUGGUUAGGCCAGGCGGAGAAGGCGCGAAUACACGAGUUGUCCCAAUUGGGUAUGAAAAUUCAAAUGGAGAGGAAUGCCUUUACCAGCCUUUUUGUCCCUAGUUCACCCCUUGAAUCAUAUUCCAAAAUCAGUGUACAUUCUACGUCGUCGAACAGAGGAGUAAGCACCCGCAUCCGUAUUCAAGGCCACCGUGAAGAGAGUAUGCACGGCCAUGCGAUGAGGAGUUGGUACGAUCCCAGGAUUAGCGUAUCAGAGAAAGUGCCGCUCAAUCUUUUCGAAACACCUUCAUGUGACGAUUCUAUUCGGACCAUCAAGGCAAUUUCUUUUCUUGUUCGCGUUUCCGACAAUGAUGGUCUCUGGCUUGCUAGUAGUACGGGUGGUGCCUAG